AUGGCCGCCGCUCAGCACAGUCGCACGCGCUCCGAUCGCGUGGGCGCGCCAGGCGCGGCAGCGGCCUCGCGACGACCGCUCUCCAUGCACGGUCGACCACCCGCGCCCCCGACGCCGUCUGCCGUCAAGGCGGCCCCGAGCCCGUCCAUCCCCAUGCUGCUGACGAACAUGCGACUGCUGGAUCUCGACCUGUGCGAGGACUGGCCCGCCAUUACACCUGCCACGUUGGCCGGCACUACGCAGAACCACAAACGGAGGGUGCAGGCGGUGGAGUGGGCUCUCUACCGACUCUUUGAGAUCUGGGACCCAGAAGACACGGCAUCGAAACUCAAACCUCAUUUUCCCGCCGUCGACCAGCUGCAGUCUGUCAGCCUGCGCGCGGCGCUGCUCCGCGGCCUCGAGAAUGCGAAAAAGAAGGGCGCCCUGGGUCGCGAUGCCCUGAUCCGGAAAACGAUGCUCGACGACUGCAAGGGCGAGCGCCUGGAAGAGGUGCUGGCGGCGUUUUCCUCGGCGGUGCUGCGAAGCACGCUGGCGGGCCAGAGCAGGACGCGGCCGCUGGUUGUCAAGGCUGCGCUCGAGGACAGAGGAUACCAGGGCGAUGACCACCUGCUGCUGCGACCACUCAUAAUCGCACACCGAGUAUCGCUGAAGCGGUCGCUGGAGAAGCGACGCCAAGCGGCAGCCAAAUUUAGCGACUUUGGCGACCUUUUGGCCAUGAAGGAGAGGGGCAUUGCCCGCCGCAGUGAAAUUCUCCAGGCGAAGCAGGCCAACGAGUCUGACGCACGCAUUUCAGAGGUCGUGUGCCAAAAGCUACGGCAGACAGUGAGGAACAAUUGGUCCGGUAACGAGGCCUGGAUGGAUACGCUGCUCGCGGGCGACGCAGCGGGCAAGGGGUCCAAAGGGCUGCUCGGCACUCCGUACGACAGAGUGUGGCGGCGCGUGCAGCAGGGCCGCCUGGCAGAGCUGGAAGAUGAUGGCCGCGGGCUGCUCCAGCAGCUGGACACCCGUGUCGAUGCCCAGAAGCAGCGGCUGGCUCGAUGGGACGAGCUGCGCCGGGACAUGGCGAGCGGCAGCAGCAGAAAUAAACGGCUAGCGUCUCCUCUAAAGCGAAGACUGGCGCCGAAACCAAUGUCGAAAGGCAUCGACUUGCAGUUCAACUCGCAUAAAGACUUGCACGUGGGUGCUGCGCCUGGAACAAGGCCGACCAAUGACGAACAACUUGACCAAGAGUACGCUAGCAUUAUAGACGACCUCGACAACGAGCUCGCGGAGAUUAAGACUAACAGUUUCGAAAACGCCGUGCAACGGUUGUAUAACAUGAGCGCGCAGUACGGCAGAACAGAUGUCUCUGUCCACCUCUCUAGCGAUCCGAUAUCCGAGCUAAGCGAUCUCGAUGACAUGGACGAAGAAGACGAUGAGCCGGAGUCCGCACCCUAUUACCCCUUACAUCAAACCAAGAACAUACAACAUACCGCGACAAGCCGCCUGACGUCACGCCCUGCCGGCACCUAUGCGGACUCGGCCGCCCACACUCUACACCGCAGCGGCAGCGACCGCUCCUAUGGCGCGCCCUACUACUCAGAGGACGGCUACUCGACGACGUCGACACACCAGCCGUCAUCGUCGCACGCUGGGAACCUGCGCCAGCAGUACACGGACGGCGACGAGACCUCGUCGUCGCCUCCUACAACGAGUAGCUGGGCGGCGGACCACAUGACGGAGACGACGGCCUCGCGCGGCUCCGACUCGCCGUCGCCGAAAAAAUCCCGUGGCGCCGCAUCUUCUGCUACAGCUACUGCUUCUACUGCUGCUACUGCUGCUGCUGCUGUUACUGUUACUGGGAAGCCGCGUCACACGCUCUCGCUGGCGGAGCGCACGCGCAUGUCCAUGGCGCGCCGCUCCAUGCAGUUUCUGCAAGAUGAGGAGCCGGAGCUGCCAGCGUCCCGCCGAGCAGGCAUACCACCGCUACCACUGUCAAAGACGUCGGCGACGACGACGACGACGACGAUGCAGGAAGAGGACAAGGAAGAAGAAGAAGAAGAAGAAGAUGACUUGGCGAGCAGGACGCGCAUCAGCAUGGCGGGGUUUGAAAAGGCCCAGCAAAGGGCAAGGACUGAUCGGCAGCGCGAGAUGCGCAGGGAGCUGAAAAGGGCGAGGGCGCUGCCGCCUCGGCGAGAGGGCAGUCAGUGGGAGGAUUAG